AUGAGUCUCGGGGUGGCUAUACUGAUUCAUUUACUACUGUUGGUUGACAGGGCUUAUACUAAAAAAGGUGUCAAAUGUGGAGGCAUCCUCUCUGCUCCGUCAGGUAACAUUUCCAGUCCAAACUUCCCAGGCCUGUAUCCCUACAACAUUGACUGCUCCUGGCUGAUUGUAGUGGCUGAAGGCUCCUCAGUCCUCCUCACCUUUCAUCACUUUGAGCUGGAGUACCACACCAGCUGUGCUUACGACUAUAUCAAAAUAUACAAUGGCAUAUCUGAGGACGAGGGGAACCUCCUUGGGACAUUUUGUGGUGACAUUUCCCCACCUCAGUUCACCUCUUCUUGGAAUGUCAUGUCCAUUAUUUUCCAUUCAGACCGCCAUGUGGCCCACAGGGGCUUCAGUGUUGGCUACAGGAAAGACAUGUGUGGUGGAGUGUUGACUGGACUUUCAGGUGUCAUUUCCAGCCCAGGCUACCCUCAGGAGUACAGCAACAAUGCAGACUGUUCCUGGACAAUACACGUGUCCAAUACAAGUGUUGUCACCUUGGUCUUCCUGGACUUCCAGCUGGAGAACAACGAGGGAUGUAACUUUGACUUUGUUGCCCUGUUCGAUGGGCCAACAGUCACCCACCGCCAUCUCGGCAAAUACUGUGGAACAGAUAAACCCCCCAACACAGUCACUACUGCUAACCAACUCCUGGUAGUCUUCAAGUCAGAUUUCAAUAUUGGUGGGCGAGGCUUCAAGGCUUACUAUUACUCAGGUGAAUGCCAACAAGUUCUAUCCACUGUGAGCGGCAACUUCAGCAGCCCACAUUUCCCCAACAUCUACCCGAACAACAUCAACUGCCACUGGAGCAUCACCCUGCAAGCCGGGUACCGCAUCAAGCUCUUCUUUCCUGUCAUGGAUCUGGAAGGCCGCAACAGUCUGUCAGACGAGUGCGACUACGACUCAGUGUCAAUGUAUGACGGGGACAGCCAGGCGGACACGCUGAUGGGACGCUGGUGCGGCAGGGAGCAGCCUUCUUCCCUCGUUUCCAAGGGGAACAAGUUGCUGGUUGUCCUCAGCACAGACAGAAAUGAAGCUCACAGAGGGUUCACCGCUUCUUAUCUAGGAGUGGUGCCUGUGAACGUUAGCUGCACCAGAUCAGAGUUUACCAUCCUGAUCCCUCAACGGUCGUUACCUCAGCUGGACCGUGAGAGCAUCUACCUUGGAAACCCAACAUGUACAGCUCAGCUAACAACCACCUCAUAUAAAAUACUGGCCCAGUUUGUUAACUGUGGUACAGCCAGCCAGAAACACCGCAACAUCACCAUGCUGGUGAACAAGCUCUACAUUGAUUUCUCUGAUGGGAAGCAGCAGAACGUGCAGGAAUACAAGGUGCAGUGCGACGCCUUACGGAAGGUUGCAUCUGUGUCAAUCAUUUCUGCGGAGGAGCGACGGCUGGAGGAGCAGGCCCAGCAGGCGGAAAGCGACAACAGCGGAUACGUGGCAGAACCAGAGGCAGAACCUCAUGACUUGAGUGAUAUUGUCUUCAUCAGCAUCUGUGUUCUGGCUGUCAUCCUCAUGGUGAUAGCAAUUGUUUGGUUGGUGCUUCUUUAGUGAAUUACGCAGAAAUCAUCAACAAGUUCUUAGUCUCAAUUAAUUUUUAUACAAAAAAAACAUGCAAAAUUGAAAAGAAAACAUAAUUUUAUGAUGUUGACACUGCUCUCUAAAUACAGUAUCACAGAAGUGUGCAAAGCAUUGCAGGUAAUGUGCACCAGUAAACUUUUCUGAAUGUGAAAAGUUCUAAGUUCUACUGACAAAAAUUUUAACUUCAAACUCAGUGCAGAUUAAUUUACAAACAUUUUGUACUUUUGAUUGUUUUGUACAUAAAUUUUUCAAAUUUACAUAAAGGAAUUGCCAGCUAUGUGAGGUUUUCUAUACAUCUUGCAUCAAUGAAUGUGAUUCACGUUGUGCUGGGGAUGCUACUUAAGUGCUUUGGCAACCAAAUAUUUAAUGUGGCUUUCUAGAAGCUAACUAGUUAAUUUAUAAAAUGUGGUUGUUGAACUAUGUGUAUCAUAUUUUAGCAGUGUGAUAACUCUGAAGACAAUUUUUGUAGCUACUUUCUGACUUAGACAUUGUAAAACAUUAGAUGGUUUUGUAGGAGUACUUUGGGGGAUGAAAAUAUGAUGUUUUUAGUUUAUUUUUGUUUUUGUAAGGUGUUAUGAAAAUGUUUUGCUAUUAAAUACAAUAUAAAACAUUGUCUAUUUUGCAUGUGUAAGACAUUGUAAUAAUAGCCAAAAAAAGUCUGAGAAGACAUUUUACUAACUACUUUUUAAUUAUUCUGGUACAGUGAAUCACAGAGAUCUUGCCCAGUCAGGCCUUUCCAAAAGUUCAGGUUCACACUUUGUUUAGCUUGACACAUUUUUCCACAAGGUUUGAGGAGAUUGUAAACUUUCAUACUAAGGUCUUGCAAACCAACUGAACUCAAGAUUAAAUGCUGAAACUAAAUCAAAAGGUGGCUUAGCAAAAAAUACUGGUUAAAGGGCAUUUAUGCAACCAGCUUUUUUACUGUGUGUGUUUUCCCCUCUGAUAAAUUUGUUUAUCCAACUGAAUGGCACAAAAUAUAUCAUGUUAGAAAAUGAUAUAUUCUGUAAUUAUUUAUUACAGUCCUAUUUUCACACCUUAUUUUAGCAGGGGUGUGUGUGUGUGUGUGUGUUUGAGCCACAGUGUUUUUGUUUUCUUUGUUAUUUUCAAGAUUUUUAAUUUUCAGACAAAGUUAAACUGGCAAGAGGUGAAUCCACCAAGAAGUUUGAUCUGUUCUUCUCCACUUGUCAUGAUAAAGUGUCUUUGGGAAACUUAUUGAACUCGUAUAAAGGGUCACUACUGUUAGGCACAAUUUAUCUUCCAGAAGUAGAGUUGCAGCGUUGUUAAUGUGCUACACUAGCGGUGACCAAGUCAAGAGCUACUAUCCUGCAACUUUAAGAUGCAUUCAUUCUCACACCUGACUCAAAUGACUGAAAUACCUCAUAUUCGGUUAUUCUGCUCUGCAUAUGCCCCUUAAUGAGCCAUUCAUUUAAUUCAGGUGUGUUUGAGAAGGGAUGUAUAUAAAAGUUGUAGGAUAGCCGUCAAGGACUACAUUUGGGCACCCCUGUGCUAAAUAAUUGGUGAAUAAACCUUUACUGCAAAAACCUCUAUGACAACACUAAAAAA